AUGUCUUCCUCCUCUGAGCCUCCCGCUGCAGGUAUGGCUGCAGAACAUUUUGACAAAGUCAGCACCUCAUACGAACGUAUCACCGGCGGUUGUACCCGCGAGGUUGCACAAUUUCUGCUCACUCUCCAACCAACCGUGGACACCUCAUCGGUUGUGCUCGACAAUGCUUGCGGAACUGGGAUCAUUACCGAAGAGAUUCUUGAACGAUUCCCCACGGCUUCGAAGCCAAAGGUCUAUGCCGCUGACCUCGCGCCUUCGAUGGUUUCAAGCCUGGCCACCAAGGCGGCGAGGAAAGGCUGGGUGAAUGGCAAAGACGGUCUCGUGGAGGCGUCCACCAUGGAUGCGGAGGAACUGACCUUCCCCGACAACAUGUUCACCCACUCCUACACGAACCUGGGUAUUCUUUUCUUUAAAAACCCGGAGAAGGCGGCCUCGCAUAUUUACCGCACUCUGCAGCCUGGCGGCACAGCGUUUGUAACGACCUGGUCGAAGUUGGGGUACUUGACGCCUCUGCGAAGGGCGCAGAAAGCUGUCCGGCCCGACUGCACUCCUUGGGAAUUACCGAUAAACGAGGCAUGGUUUACAGAAGAGAAGCUCCGACAAGUCCUGGAAUCCGGCGGCUUUGAGGCCGGAAACGUUCAAAUCCAGUCCCGGACUGUCGCAUAUAGAGGGAGCGAUCUGGAUGACUUGGUAGAUAUCAUGGAAACCGCUUUCUCUUCAGCGGUAACGGAAGGCUGGAGCAAAGAAGAGCGAGCAAAGUGGCCUGUUGCGCUCCGUGAAAGCUUGAGUGACGUUGAGAAGGCAAAUGCGAGCAUUGAGAUGGUGGCUCAUGUCGCGGUCGCGAGAAAGUAG